AUGAACACUCUUCUUUUAUCCCUCACCUUCGUCCUCUGCUUCCUCGUCGCCCUUUUCAUUCUCGCAACAGUCUUCCUCUACAGAAGCAUCAAAAAAGAACAAAAAGACUUGAAGAAAAUCCCCGUGGAAAGCAUGCUCUUCGAUCAUCAAUUUUUCCAUUUCACCGAAGAAAAGAAAUCGCCAUUUUCAAGCAGAACCGAGGAGCAGUUCAUCUGGUAUUCGCCGGAAAGAGAAGUUCGAAAUCCCUACCUCGACGGCAAUACCCUCAUUGGAACGUUGAAUUUCAAGCCGAAGCGAUUUUCAACCCUUUUGAAUUUGAGCGAUUUUGAAGUCGAGGUUUGA